AGCUGGGUAGACGAGUGCCUGGUUAAGUCCACGGGUCCUGCUGGAACGAAAAUGGAUGGGAUGAUUGCCAUUCUCUUCCUCUGCUUAUUCUCAGCGCCCUCUUCAGGUGAAAGCCUGAUUUUGACUCAUGCUGUUGGUGGCAGUGUUGACAUCACCUGCGAAAUAAAAGAUCCUGCUAGCAGUGACAAGUUUCUCUGUAAGGGAGACAGCACGUCGACCUGCACUAAGUUGUACCUGAAUGACAACAACAAGAAAUACUCUCUUACUUAUGGAGAGCGGGAGAAAUACUUCAAGGUCACCAUCGAGAACUUGGACAGAAGUGAUGCUGGAACUUAUUGGUGUGGAUUAAAAUUUUCCCGCUACACGAGCAUCUAUCAUAAAGUAGAAAUUGACAUUUCAGUGCCAACCAGCAGCAGCCAUCAAGCAUCACCAACUGCAGGACCAUUAACAACAACAGCGUUAGCAGCUGUAUUAACGCCAACAACAUAUUCCAGUCCACUACCAACCCAGCAGGCAGAACUCCAUGUCAAAAGUACAGGUAGCCUGCUGAUCACCGUUGGUGUGGUGGCUGCUCUUUCCUUUGUGCUUAUCCUGCUCAUACUCCACACACAGAGACGGAUGAAGGACGCAAACCCCAAAGACUAUGUUAAUGCUGCUGUUGUGGCCAAUGCCGAAGCCAAUCCAAAGGAUCAGGAGAAUAUUUACGAAAGUCUCCAGGUAGAGACUUUUCAGCAUAUUAAGAAAACUAUUCAGACUAAUGCUGCCGUGGUCACCAAUGCCUCAGCUACUCCGGAAGACCAAGACUAUGUUAAUGCAGCUGUUGAAACUCUUCAGACUAAUGCUGCCGUGGUCACCAAUGCCUCAGCUACUCCGGAAGACCAAGACUAUGUUAAUGCAGCUGUUGAAACUCUUCAGACUAAUGCUGCCGUGGUCACCAACGCCUCAGCUACUCCGGAAGGUCAGGCCAACAUCUACCAAAGUCUCCAGAUGGACAUACGACAGCGUGAUGUUUACCACACUAUUCAUAUUUAUGUAGAAUGUAGACAAUAGACUCUAAACAAAGUCCUUUUAGGCAAAUCCCUCCCCUCGGCGGUCAUAUUGUUACGCUUUUUAGGCACUUAUCGGGCAUCUAUUUCGGCAGAAAUGUGUGUGCGCAGGGCUUCACAAUAUACCAACCUUGCUCCAGCAGCGAGAUCACAACACAUG